AUGAGUUUAGAUGAAGAGGAUACUUCCCAUUCUCUUUCCCAAAAAGCUAGUCAUGCUGUAAAUGAUGCGUCGCAGCUAAAUGAAGAACAACUGAGUAAAUAUGAAGUGUGGAAAACUCAACCAGGCAUGGCACAGAUUAAACUCCAGUAUAUUGAUUUCGAUCAUGAAGUUCGAUUAAAAGUCGAACAUUUAAGUGAGACGGAUAAGAAAUUAGUUGAUGAAGCAAACACGGAAGCAAAUGAUACGGUAGAACCAAAGAAAAAGAAAUUCAAAGGUCAAAACCGUAAGCAUCUAGAAAUCAAUGCAAGAUCAUCCUCGAAUUACAACGACCAUCGCUUGUGUUUCUUUGUCAUCCGCGGCGGGCUAGAGAAUUGCCCGUACCAAUCAAAGUGCAAACAUGAACACGAUCUCGCCAGUUAUCUUUCUCGACGACCGGCAGAUCUUUCUUCGAACUGUUACAUGUUUGAUACAUACGGGAAAUGUGCAUUUGGUAUAAUAUGUCGUUUUGGUCAAUCUCAUAUUGAUCCUCUCACUGGAAAAAAUUUGGUUGUCCCCAGACCGAAUCAAACUUAUGUCGAGUCAUUGAAUAAAUAUCCUCCGAUGUUGAAACAUUUAUUACGAAGGAAAAAGUAUAAUUAUACACUAUCUGAUCGAUUAGUACGAAUAGCAAAUAAGCAGAUCACAAAAGCGAAUGUUGCGAAACGAAACAACCCAUCGGCAGGUGAAGCAGAGACAACCAACGAACAGCAUCAUGAUGAACAUGAUGUCGGUGAAAAAGAAGACCGAUCUUUGGUGGAUAUCUAUUAUUCGGCUCUUCAAACUAAUACCAAUCAAAAUCAAGCUGAAACAAACGAAAAUCAACAACAGAAGGAAGCUGAUGGAAACGAUGAUGAGCAAGAGCAACAAACUUCACGACCUGUUCCCUAUCGAACUCUUGGAACAAUAACUGAUGCUGACAUGAUUCGUUUGAAACCUCGUGAAAAAGUUCGAAUUGACUUCAAUCGUCGUCUCUAUCUUGCUCCUUUGACUACUGUUGGCAAUUUGCCAUUCCGUCGUAUAUGUAAGGAAUAUGGUUGCGAAAUCACUUGUGGAGAAAUGGCAAUGACUACAUCAUUACUUCAAGGACAGCAAUCCGAAUUUGCUCUCUUACGGCGUCAUCCAUCGGAGACGAUCUUCGGUGUUCAAUUAUGCGGUUCAUUUGUUGAUACAAUGACACGAACGGUUCAAAUGCUAGAAGAAAAUUUUGAUUUUGACUUCAUCGAUAUUAACUGCGCAUGUCCAAUCGAUCUUGUCUACAAGAAGGGUGCUGGAUGUGCAAUAACACGUCGAACAAUUGAUUUUGAACGCAUCUGUCGCUCGAUCUCAUGUAUAUCAACACAUCCGAUUACAAUUAAAUUACGCACAGGAAUUCUAACAUCAGAAAACAAUGCUCAUGAAAUAAUCUCACUAGCUAAAUCGUGGAAAUCUGAACAUGACGAAAAUCAUGUUGUUGACUUGUUCACUUUGCAUGGUCGAUCAAAAGAAAUGCGUUAUUCGAAAAAUGCCGAUUGGAACUAUGUGAAUCAAUGUGCUCAAGUAGCUAAUCCGAUUCCGUUGUACGGUGUUGGAGACAUCUAUUCAUUCGAGGACUAUUACCAACGACUGAAUGAAACCAGUGUUAGUGGUUGUAUGAUUGCACGUGGUGCAUUGAUUAAACCAUGGUUAUUCACCGAAAUUCAAGAGCAACGUACUUGGGACAUAUCGGCGAGUGAACGCUUUGAUAUGCUGAAACGAUAUACAAAUUAUGGUCUAGAGCACUGGGGUUCGGACCAAGCAGGUGUAGAGAAAACACGACGAUUCUUACUGGAAUGGAUUUCAUUUCUUUAUCGUUAUAUACCUGUCGGUCUAUUAGAACGCUUACCACAUCGAUUAAACGAACGACCACCGUACUUCUUUGGACGAAAUGAUCUUGAAACCUUAAUGGCUUCGAAACUCUGCUCGGACUGGGUGAAAUUAACCGAACUUUUGUUAGGCAAAGUUGCUCCGGAAUUUCAAUUCUUACCAAAGCAUAAAGCGAAUGCUUAUGGUUAA